AUGGGCUUUUUCUCCAACCGCGCCCUCCAGGCAGGGGAGAGAGAGCAGAAGCUCAAUGGGUACAAUGUGCUCGUCCUCUUUUUACUGGCACCUGCAUCCCUCACCUACGGCUAUAGUGCGUCCAUCAUCUCCACCACGCUGGGACAGCCAUCUUUCCUUGAGUAUUUCAACCUGUUGACCGCGCCCAAUGCCACCUCCCUUCUCGGCGCCACGGGCGGGCUCUUCUUCGCCGGGGCCACCAUUGGUCCUCUGCUCCUGCCGUGGAUCGCCGACAAAUACGGCCGGAAGUGGUCGAUUGCGGCAUCGUUGCUCGUCUCUCUCGUCGCCUUUGCCGUCGAGGCUGGCAGCACCCAUAUCGCCGAGUUCCUGGCCUUCCGCUUUGUCGCGGGUGCUGGCUCUUUCAUGCUGCUGGCCGCUGUCCCAUUGUUGAUGAACGAAGUGGUGCCGAGCCGCAUGCGAGGCGGUCUCGUGGAGCUUCAUGCGGUCUUCUUCGUCUUGGGCUUUGCCCUCGCCUCAUGGGUAGGAUUCGGCUUUUCCUUCUGGGUGAGCCGCAGUCCCAACGCCUGGCGAGCCCCUCUGGCCAUCGGGUGUUUCUGGUCGUUGCUGUCUCUGGUCUGCCUCUACUGGGUGCCCGAGAGUCCGCGAUGGCUCAUCCUGCAAGACCGCGAGGCCGAGGCCGAGAUCGUCCUGAACCGGCUUCACAGCGACAAGCACGACCCGGACAAUACCUAUGCCCGGGCCGAAUACUACCAGAUCAUCAAGCAGAUCGCCAUCGACCGCACCUUGGGGAGCUCGUGGUGGCACAUGGUCAAGAAGCCGUCGUAUCGAAAACGUGCCUUGAUCGCCACGGCCGUCACCUUUUUCAUCCAGGCCUCGGGGGACUUGGUCAUCAACAAUUACGGCCCGACUCUGUACAAGAUGCUGGGAUAUGGCACCACUCAACAGCUGCUCUAUUCGGCCGCCUGGUUGACCUUCACCCUCGGCAUGAGUGUCCUGGCCAUGCCCAUGGUCGACCGCUUGCCGCGGAAUGUCAUGCUGGCCAUUGGUCUCUGGGGCUGUAUGUCGUGCCUGGUGGUUGAAGCGGCUCUACUGGCCGAAUUCGUGCCCUCGGACAACCAGAACGCCCUGCGAGCGGCCGUCGCCAUGUUCUUUGUAUUUCAGGUCUUUGACACGGCGAUGCUCAACGCACCGGAAUGGGCCUACUUGGGUGAAAUAUUCCCAACACAUAUCCGAUCCAAGGGCUAUUGCCUGGCAAUCUCCACCCUCGCUCUAAGCAAUGUCUGCUUCACUCAAGCAGCCCCAACCGCGUUCAGAACAGUGGGUUGGAAGUUCUACCUUCUCUUCAUCAUCCUCACCUUCAUUGGCGGGUUCGUGUCCAUCUUCACCUUCCCUGACACCCGGUUCUUGCCCCUGGAGGAGAUUGCCGCCAUCUUCGGUGACACGGACGAGGUGGCCAUCUAUCAGAGGGAGAUUGAAGUGCAGCACAACGCUCACGGCAUCAUCGACCAUCACGACUCCGGGUCCGUCAAAGUCGAGCUCACACAUAUGGAGACUGCAGACGUCGAGAAGAGUGCCAUUUGA